AUGGAAAGACAGAAGACGAAGAAGAUCUCCGAUGAUGUAACAACAAGCAGAGGAAAAUCAAAUUCAAUUCCGCUUGAUCUCAUACCAGAGAUAAUUAUAGGAUUGCCUGUUAAAGCCCUAGCGAGGUUCCUCUGCGUAUCCAAACAAUAUGCAUCAAUCAUCCGCAACCGUGAUUUCGUGAAAUCUUACUUGAUCAAGUCAUCGACUCGUCCACAAGAUCUCAUCUUCACAUUCAAGAGCAAACGUUACGGAAAACACUUCUUCUUCUCAUCGAGUCAACCCUCAAAUGGAGAUGAACCGUUAUCUUCUGUAGCAAGUUACCAUAUGAAAUGCCAUUCUCAACCAUACACAGCCAUUUCUCCAUCUGUCCACGGUUUGAUUUGCUAUGGAACUCCUUCUAAGCUCAUGGUAUACAACCCUAGCACGAGACGAUCCAUUUCUUUGCUCAAGAUCGAUUCUCAGAGGACACGUAUGUACCACUACUUAGGUUAUGAUCCCAUCGAUGGUGAUUACAAGAUGUUGUGUAUGAGUAGAGGAAUGCAUGUUCGUAGAGGACGUGGUUUAGCUCACAAGAUUCAAGUUUUGACAAUUGGAAACGGUAAUCAAUGGAGGAUGAUUGAAGAUUGUCCUCCUCCUCACUCUCCUGAAUCUCCUCAUAUAUGUAUAGAUGGUGUUUUAUACUAUGGAGCUUAUUUUGACACUGGUACGCGUAUCCUUCGUAAAGACCAUGCAGUCAUGAGUUUUGAUGUUCGGUCUGAAAAAUUUGAGCUUAUCAAGAUACCACCAGAGAGAGCAACAAAGUUCACAAAGAUGACAAGAUACAAUGGGAAGCUUGCUCUCAUGUACUCUGAUAAGUUUCGUAGUUACAUUGGUAGGAUCGAAUUGUGGGUUUUAGAGGAUGCUGCUAAACAUGAAUGGUCUAAUACGAUUUUUUCUUUGCCUCGUUUAGCUUGCUUGAAAACCAUGUUUCAAGUGUAUUGUGCCACUGAUGAUGAUGAUGCAGGAGAGUUUAUUGUGGCGCCAGAAACUUUGGGCGCACCACCGUUUUAUGUUUUGUAUUAUGAUCCCAAGAAAAAUAGCUUGAGAAGAGUCGAUAUUGAAGGGAUCACAGAAACAAAGCUUGAGUAUUGGGAUAAUGAUUUGGAUCGUCGUACAAUAUCUAUCUUCCCUAGUCAGGUUGAGAAUCUCAUGUUCCUCUAA